ACUUUUGACUAACACACUGGCAUUUCUACACGAAUGCGUUUAGAGAGAGAGAGCAGCUAGCUAUCUUUAUACUAAGCAGAAAACAAACUCCAUUUUCCCCUCUUGUUCCUUUCUACAGUAGCUUUCUAUCUGUAAAGUACGACUACAUUACCCUCAAUCACACCAUCAUUUACUGCCUACAUUUGGCGAUACAGAUGCCAAGAGUUUUCAUUGCACCCAAAAAAUACUCUCUGUUAUUAUAAGCAAGCAAGCAGAAGCUUCUCUAAACCUCAGGCAAUGCAAGAAAGGUAACACAGUGAUGCAGAUUUACAGCUGACUUUGAUAAUAGUGAGCAGGCCUGACACGAGGUCGAUGCACGUUAUUCUAUUAAAUUAUUAUGGGAGAAGAAAAGUUUGCGAUCAGUCCAACAACAACUAGUAGUAGAAUUGUUACCUCGAAAGCUUUAUUCUGAAACUACUAUCUUCAUCCUGCCAAAAACUUCAAAUCGUAUGUUAUGCUAACCUAAGCACCCCCUCCCAAUUUAAGCCACAGUAGCCCUCUUCGUUUCAAUUCUUGUUGAAAUUGGCCUCCAAGCUAAUAAUGCAUUAGUACCUGUCAUAAAUACCAUUCUGAAGCUGAACCCUCAUCAGCCUCAGCGACAAAUCAUCUUCGUUUCAGUCCCCUCGCUCAUAGAAUGACUUCUCCUAACCAAGAUGACUUUAAGCUCAAGGACACAAAACCUCAGCUAGGGGAACGAUGGCCACAUGGUGGUGUACGUGGUGGAGGGGGUUGGAUAAGCAGCGAAAGAAUCACCAGCACUUACGAUCUUGUGGAGCAGAUGUACUAUCUGUAUGUUCGCGUUGUGAAAGCAAGAGAUCUUCCUCCAAAUCAGAUAACAGGGACAUCAGAUCCAUAUGUUGAGGUGAAACUAGGAAACUACAAAGGGAAAACCCAGCACUUUACCAAGAGAUCAAACCCUGAGUGGAAACAAGUGUUUGCAUUUUCAAAAGACAAAAUUCAAUCUUCAGUUCUCGAAGUAUUUGUGAGAGACAAAGAUAUGGUGGCUAGAGAUGAUUAUUUGGGAAGAGUUGUUUUUGAUAUGAAUGAAGUGCCUACUAGGGUUCCUCCAGACAGCCCUUUGGCACCUCAGUGGUAUAGACUUGAAGAUCGUCGAGGCGAGAACAAGCUAAGAGGAGAAGUCAUGCUAGCCGUUUGGAUGGGAACCCAAGCUGACGAAGCCUUCCCGGAUGCUUGGCAUUCAGAUGCUGCAACUGUUCAAGGAGAGGGUGUAUAUAGCGUUCGCUCCAAGGUGUAUGUUUCUCCCAAACUUUGGUAUCUGAGGGUAAAUGUGAUCGAAGCUCAAGAUGUAGAAUCAGCAGACAAGAGCCAACUCCCUCAGGUUUUUGUCAAAGCUCAAGUUGGGAAUCAGAUACUUAAGACCAAGACAUGCCCAACAAAAACGACGAAUCCCUUCUGGAACGAGGACUUAAUCUUUGUAGCCGCAGAGCCCUUUGAAGAACAAUUAGUGCUGACAGUGGAGAAUAAGACAGCCUCAAGAGAUGAAACCGUGGGAAGGAUACAAUUGCCGCUGAACAUUUUUGAGAAGAGACUGGAUCAUCGGCCUUUUCACUCUCGUUGGUUUAACUUAGAGAAGUUUGGUUUCGGAGUCUUGGAAGGAGACAGGAGAAUGGAGCUCAAGUUUUCAACCAGAAUUCACCUCAGAGCAUGUCUCGAAGGUGCAUAUCAUGUACUAGAUGAAUCAACUAUGUACAUUAGUGAUCAACGGCCUACUGAUCGACAACUAUGGAAGCAGCCUAUAGGUAUUCUUGAGGUAGGUAUAUUAAGUGCUCAAGGGCUUCUUCCAAUGAAAACAAGGGAUGGCAGAGGAGCCACCGAUGCUUACUGCGUAGCAAAAUAUGGUCAGAAAUGGGUCAGAACGAGGACAAUAGUCGGCAGCUCUAGUCCGAGAUGGAAUGAGCAAUACACAUGGGAGGUUUAUGACCCUUGCACUGUGAUCACUAUAGGGGCAUUUGACAACUGCCACUUGGGAGCGAACGAGAAGCCAGGUGGAAAGGACUCGAGGAUCGGGAAGGUACGGAUCCGAUUAUCGACCCUCGAAACUGAUCGCAUCUACACACAUUCCUAUCCCCUAUUAGUCCUUCAACCAUCUGGGGUAAAGAAAAUGGGCGAACUCCAGCUCGCUUUCCGCUUCACUUGCUUGUCAUUAGCAAACAUGAUCUACCUUUAUUGGCACCCUUUGUUGCCAAAAAUGCAUUACCUUCAUCCUUUCACUGUAAGCCAGUUGGAUUUUCUGAGAUUUCAGGCCAUGAACAUUGUGGCAGUGAGGCUUGCCCGAGCUGAGCCACCACUACGGAAAGAAGUUGUUGAAUAUAUGCUUGAUGUAGAUUCUCACAUGUGGAGCAUGCGAAGAAGCAAAGCAAACUUCUUCAGGAUCGUUUCACUGUUUUCUGGGGCUAUCUCUUUGAGCAAAUGGCUCGGGGAAGUUUGUCACUGGAAGAACCCCAUCACAUCAGUUUUAGUCCAUAUACUAUUUUUCAUACUAAUCUGCUUCCCAGAGCUUAUUCUUCCAACUAUAUUUCUUUACAUGUUUCUCAUUGGAAUAUGGAAUUUCCGAUUCAGGCCACGACAUCCACCCCAUAUGGACACUAAACUAUCUUGGGCAGAAGCCGUUCAUCCGGAUGAACUAGACGAAGAGUUUGACACUUUCCCUACAUCCAAAGCUCAAGAUGUCACCAGAAUGCGAUAUGACAGGCUACGGAGUGUGGCAGGAAGAAUACAGACUGUUGUAGGUGACAUGGCAACGCAGGGAGAGAGAUUUGAGGCUCUGCUCAGCUGGAGAGAUCCGAGAGCAACAUGCCUCUUUGUAGUUUUCUGCCUUGUCACAGCCGUUGCUCUGUAUGUAACCCCUUUCAGAAUAGUCAUUCUGUUGGCAGGGCUGUUUGUACUAAGACACCCCAGAUUCAGAAGUAAGCAGCCUUCGGUGCCUAGCAAUUUCUUCAGGAGAUUGCCAGCUCGAGCAGACAGUAUGCUUUGAGAAUACGGAGAGUGUUGGUGUUUUUUGUUUGUGUUUCAUUCUACUUGUAUUUUAUUUUGCUUCAACUCAAACCUUUUUUAACACAAGGGCAUGAUACGCGACAUUUUUUGCCACAUUCA